AGCCUCCUUUCUCAUCGCCCAUCUUCCCCUGAACACCCACCACUCCUCAUCAUGCUCACCGGCGUACAGAUCCACACCAAACAGGCCCAGCAGGCCCAGGCUGAGAUCCUCACCGAGGACGCGGUCAAGUUCCUCGCUGCCCUCCACAGGACCUUCGAGUCCACCCGCCAGAGCCUCCUUACUGCCCGCGAGGCUGCCCAGCAGCGCCUCGAUGCCGGCCAAAAACUCGACUUCUUCCCCGAGACCGCCCACAUCCGUGCCGACCCCUCGUGGCUCUGCGCGCCCCCUGCGCCCGGUCUCGAGGACAGGCGCGUCGAGAUCACGGGCCCGACGGACAGGAAGAUGGUCAUCAACGCGCUCAACAGCGGCGCGAAGACUUUCAUGGCAGACUUUGAGGAUGCGAACUCGCCCACCUUCGCGAACAUGAUCAAUGGCCAGGUCAACCUGCGCCUUGCUAUCAGGCGCCAGAUUGACUUCGAACUCGGAGGCAAGUCUUACAAGCUGAGCCAGAACCCAGCGGUCCUCAUCGUCCGUCCACGAGGAUGGCAUCUUGAUGAGCCUCGACUGACGAUUGACAAUGCACCGAUGUCCGGCUCGCUCUUCGACUUCGGUCUUUACUUCUUCCACAACGCAAAGGAGCUCGUUGCUCGCGGUUCUGGCCCGUACUUCUAUCUCCCGAAGAUGGAGCACUACCUCGAGGCGCGUCUGUGGAACGAUGUCUUCAACUUUUCCCAGUCAUACAUCGGCAUCCCGUUGGGCACGAUCCGCGGGACCGUCCUCAUCGAGACUCUGCCUGCCGCAUUCCAGAUGGACGAGAUCUUGUUCGAAUUGAGGACGCACUCGUCCGGCUUGAACUGUGGACGAUGGGACUAUAUCUUCAGCUUCAUCAAGAAGCACAGGGCUGACAGGAGUGCCGUCCUCCCGGACCGCAAGGAUGUCACGAUGGAGGCCCACUUCAUGGACUCGUACGUGCGUCUGCUGAUCCAGACUUGCCACAGGCGACGAGUUGCUGCGAUGGGCGGCAUGUCUGCCCAGAUCCCAAUCAAGAACGACCCGCAGGCCAACGAGGUCGCUAUGAGCAAGGUCCGCGCAGACAAGCUGCGUGAGGUCACCUACGGUCACGACGGUACUUGGAUUGCACACCCCUUAAUCAACCAGAUCGCCAUGGAGAUCUUCAAUGAGCACAUGCUAGGUCCAAACCAGUAUCACAUUCGUCGUGAAGAUGUGAAGGUGGCCGCGGCCGAUUUGCUCGACAGCAGGGUGCCCGGCAAGAUUACUUCUGAGGGUGUCAAGUCGAACGUCGCGACGGCGCUUGCGUAUAGCUCGGCCUGGCUCGGCGGGAACGGCUGCAUCCCGCUCAAUUAUCUCAUGGAAGACGCUGCAACGGCGGAGAUCACGCGUGUGCAACUCUGGCAGUGGGUCAGGUACAGCGUGCGCAUUGCAGACACGGGCGAGACCAUCACCGCCGACUACGUCGACCGCAUCGUGGACGAGAUCGCGCCGACCCUCAAGAGCCCGUUGAAUAGCGACAAGAACCUUGACAUCGUGGCGAAGUAUCUUAAGAGCCAGAUCCGCAAGGAGUGGCCGAGCGAGUUCUUGACGAGCGAUUUGAUGGGUUACUUGGCUGUUGCCGAUGGAUGCCCGGCUCAAUGGCAGCGCAGCGUGCUGUGAACGUCCUUCAUUUCGUCUGGACUUCGUCUUCUGCAUCUAUCACGAAUCAGCUUGUAACUGUAUGGUGUCAUUGUAGCUGUAUCUCUAGCGCAUCACAACAUGGUUAAUAUCACUAUCAUAUGAGCAAACCCAAGAA